AUGUCUCUCCUACGAUACGCCUCUUGCAGCCAGACGACCCACCAAACCAGCGACCCUCCAUCUGUCGCUCCCGGCGCCGCAACAGUCCGUCCUUGGCCUAUUCCCCUCUUACCUCCAGUUCACGAGGAGGAGUCGACAGAAACGACGAUUCAGAACGAUGACGAGAAUACCUACCGCCUAGACCUCCAUGAUUCCCGUAUCAAGUACCGCGCCGAGACAGACGCCACACGGCUGCGACUCACUCACCACUUGGAAUGCGCUCGCGCCGAUGAACGCGCUUUUGAACACAACGACCAUGUUGACCACGUUGACGACCACGUUGACGACCACGUUGACGACCACGUUCACAAGCAUGUUCACAACUACGUUCGCGACCACGUUCACGACCACGAGCUCGCUGGGAACUGCGCUCAAGGUGACGAUGUCUAUGCUGAAACUCGACGGCAAGACCUCUAUUCGACAGAGCCCCGCAUGCUUGCUUUGGAAGCUGAACUCGAAGAUGUCACCGACGAUCGCAGGGACUUACGCGUCGAGAACGAGCAGUUCCGACUUCGCGUUAGCAAACUCGAAGAAGCUACAGGCAUGGUCUCUGAAGCAAAGGCGGUCGUCCAUGCUUUGCAAAAGAACUCUCACCAUGAGCGGGAAGACGCAGACAAGUUCUACAAGCUCUAUGAAGUCGAACGCAAAAAGGCUGAGCAAUACUUCGUCAAUCGCGCCAACUCUGAUGUAGACUACGAUCAUAUGGAUGAAAAUCUCCAGAGGGUGCGUAAGGAACUGGCUACCAGCAACGCUCGCGCAACAAUGGCAGAGACACAACGUAGUGAAAAGGACAUAGCUUUGGUCGAUCUGGUCCAGGAAAAGAGCGAAGCAACGUGUCGUCUGCAGCGGCGUGACCCAAUCGAUCUGCUUUACGCUGUCCUGUCCAGGACCUACACAAACCCCACCGCUCCCAUCCGGCCUGGCCUCUGCAAGGCUGCGCAACAAGCCCAAGUUUGAAUCUUGGCACCUUCCGAGCAACUCAUCACACCGCAAGCUACUACCUCCGCAACCGCGACCGCUACAACAGUCCCAAUCUCCACACGUGUGGGACGGAUUACCACGCCACCGCAACUCUCGUCAUGCCCGACGACGCGAGAUACAGUCACCCAUCUCGCCUGAGUCUCAACCUCUCAGCCACACCGUGUAUGAUGCGCAACCACAACACUGGCUUUUCGCAGAAGUGGCUCGGUAACAAGCUCUGACACGGCGAGGAACCUAGAGCGAAGUACGACAAGCGGAGGCGACAGGCCGCUCACAAGUGCGAGACCUACACAGAUA